AUGAUUCAAUUCAUUAACUGUUAUUUUAUAUUUAAUCUGGUCACUGUUGUUAAUUGCUUACGACUCACUAUUGAAAAGAGAAUUGUUUCGUCUCAUGCAUCUCUAUCAAAGCGUAGUGCUGUUGAUUUGCAAUUUAGACGCUUUAAUAAUCUUUAUUAUGAGAGUGUUCUCGAGUUUGGGACACCACCUCAAUCAAUUCCAUUAGUUUUGGAUACUGGUUCCUCUGAUUUAUGGGUAACUUUAAUUGGGAAUCCACUUUGUUACAACAAAGGUUCUGGGAAACCGCCCAAAUGUUUGAUUGAUUGCUCUGGGUUGGUGUUCUAUGACAUGGAUAAAUCUCAAACUUUUGAUUAUCUAAAAAAUGUAACCUUUAAGAUUGGAUAUGCAGACACCACAUAUACAAGUGGAAUAUGGAUUGUAGAUAUCAUUACACUUCCAGAAGGACACUUAAAAGAUUUACAGUUUGGUAUGGCAUUUGCAACAAAUGCAACUUUUAGUGGUGUUUUAGGAAUUGGUUUCCCUGCGAUGGAAUCGGUCAAUGGCUAUGAAUUCGCACCUGGUAAAUUCUAUCCAAAUUUUCCCCUAGCGCUUAAGAAUGCAGGCUUCACAAAUAUUGCGGCCUAUUCAAUAGAGUAUAAUGAUGAAAGUAAGAAAGGAUCAAUUCUAUUUGGUUCAAUUGAUACGUCACGGUUUAUUGGCCCAUUGUACACAUUCCCUAUGAUCAAUGAGUUUCCUGGAAUUGCCGACGAACCAUCUACACUUAGUUUAACACUAGAUGGUAUAGGUAUUGAUGGAUCAUGUGAGCAGUGGGUAAUUUCUAAUACCAAAUUGCCUGCGCUUUUGGAUACUGGAUCUACUCUUAUAGAACUUCCUCAUCCAAUUACUCAAUCGAUAGCCAGUUACCUGAAUGCAACAUGGAGCGAUGAUCAUGGCUUGUUUGUAUUGGCAUGUCCAUCGGAUGAUUUCCUCACAACAACCGAUUUGGCAUUCACAUUUGGCGAAUUGCACAUGAAGAUUCCGUUGCGAUCAUUUAUUCUGUUACCCGAUGAAGAAAGCAAUGGGCUCUGUGGAUUGGGGAUUACGUCUUCAAAAGGGCGCGUAAUUCUAGGUGACAGUUUUCUAACGCAUGUUUAUACUGUCUUUGAUCUGGAUAAUUAUAUGAUAUCACUUGCUCCAAUGGCAAAAUCAUCAUUACCUGGCAAAGUGAUUGAAAUUCCAGCAAAUGGGUUGAUUGAGAAUGCUGUAAUCUCAAAAUCAGAAAAAUGGACACAUUUUAAUGAUAUAACAGUUAAUGAGUACGGUUUUAGGAAUUAUUGUGACGGUGAGUUGCAAGAUAUUCAUUCCUAUUCAUCUAAAUUGAACAGUUCUUCUCUUGUUUAUUCUAGUAAUUUUUCAAGUGAUGAAGAACAGAAUUCGAGUGAAAGUGUUUCACCAUCUAUUUUCAACACGGACAGUAGUAUAAAAGAGAUAUACCCAAGCCUGAGUCAGAAGGAACAUUUAUCUGCAUUAUUAACAACCAUAUCUACGAGUGAAAUCCACAAGCCAGUAACUGCUACAAUAACUGAUAGCAUUACAACUACCAUUAGAGUCACAAAAAUACUUACAGUCCUACAAUGUGCGACAUAA